AAUCAAGCGCGUCUUCUUUUCCCACCGUUUUCCAACUUUUACUUUUUUCCAUCUUACCCGGGAUUUCACCACCAACCUCUGUACCCUUUGCCACCUAUCAUUAUUAUAGAGAGAGUGAUAGAGCUGGGAGGCCCAAUCCUUACGCCAUGGCGGCCUCAUCGCCGCUCACAGAUCUCGACGGCACAUCGACGCCGGCCUCUUUCCACACAGCCGCCGACUCCCCCAACGCUGCCGAUACCACCAACAUUACAAGUCCCGAUCACGAAGACGACCAAAAACCUAAAUAUUACAAAUGCAAAGAGAUUCCCCAUGUCCUCAAACAAUCCUGCCAGAUCCAUCUCGAGGAGCAGAUGUACCUCCCAGCAAUAGACCUACUCGGAAGUCUUCUCAGCGAUGCCGGUGAAGGGCAACAACCAGACAAACCCGUCCGAGUACCUCCUCCUGCCCAGAUCGCUCUUCUCGGCACCCUGACGAUCCACCCCGCGUAUACAUCCCGCGCUCCCGAGCAAGCCAACCUCGACAUCGCUGCCGAAUCCCGAGAAUACCUCCGCACGCUCCUCAACAAGGUCGGGCCUGUAAACGCCGACUUCCGAUCAGCAUUCUCUUUCAGGCAAGGGCAAAACAGUGGUCGAUGGGCCCGGAGAAAUUCGCGAGAGUUCAACAGCCCAGGCGAAAGCGACGGCGGUGGCAGUAUCGGCAGCUUUAGUGAAGCGGAUAACAUUGAGAGCAAGUGGUCUGGAAAUGACCACAGCAUAUGGAGAAGAUCAUCCGAUUUCUGGUCCGUCUUGGGUUGGGCGUUCCGGUGCAGCACUACACAUCCGCACCGUUGGGUGCACUGGAAGGCGUGGCUGGAUUUCAUGAUUGAGUGCCUGGAGAAGGACUGGGAUGAGCGGCUUGCGCAGGAUCAGGCCAACUUCCAAGCCAAAAUCAACAGAAGCAGCGACCCCGGGUCCGAGGCUAAGUGCCAGUACCCUCUGCUGCAGCAAAGUCUGUUUGUUCAAUACGUGGAUGACCUACGGCGGGAUAGAAAGAGGGUGCUCCAUGAAGUUAUUAGAGCACUGUUCGCGUUCGCUGAUGACGAAAACACCGCGGACAACACGUACUACAGAGAGGUGUUCAACAAGGAAACAGUCCUCCACACAGACAAAAGCAACAAGCGAAAACACUCGCAUAUGACCGCCGUCGACCUAGAAAAGGACCAAUUCGGCGAUUACCUCGAAGACUGGGACGACCCGGUCACCGACGACGACGACAAAGCAGACGCAUUUCACACCCCUCACCUCCCAUCCGCCCGAACCGGCCGAAGAACCAAAGGCCGACCAAGGUCCACCCCCUUCUCCAAACCCGGCAAAGCCUUCGACGUUUCCCCCACAACAACUCCCAACCCCCUUCGCGUAACCGACGGCCUAGCGGACUCGAUACCUCUCCGACUGCGUCUCUUCCGCCUCAUCUCCGCCUGUGCCUACUACCUCCCACCCGACAUUCUCUCCAAGCCUAAGGAUCUCUACGACCUAUUUUCAUCGCGCCUUAAAUCCCUACCCCUCCCCUGUUUCGAGCUCUUCCUCUCUCUAGACCACGUCGACCUCGCCCUCCCACGGUACAUCUACGUCUCCCUCUUCCGCUAUGUGGCUCAGUCGUUCACACCCCGCAACGCGCCCCAGCCUGAAGACGCCGACCCGGAAGCAGACGCGGACCACGCCAUCAGUCAGACGAUGCUUAGAGAGUGUUUUCUGCCGUAUCCGGCCAAGACCGUGACCGUGGAGGAUAAUGCCAAGUUUAGCCUGGUGCUGGAGAGCAUGGCGUGGUGUCUGUUUCAGUCCGGAAGCGUGGAUUAUUUCGAUGGGCUGAAGUGGGCGGUGGAGAAGGGGAUCGAGGAACGGGAGAAGAAGAUCAAGAAGGGGAACGGGAGGGGAGGAGCGGCCAUGACGGCUGCGGAGAAAAUGGGGAGGCAGGUGCUGGAGCGGAGCGCGGCGUCGUUGAGGGCGUUUGUUGAUGCGGUUGAGACUACGAGUUUGGCCGAGGAUGGGGUGAUAGGUACUGGGGACGAGAUGGAUGAAGACUCUAUUAUGGUCGGCAGCCCCUAGAAGUGGCGGCCUCCUGAGUGUUGAUGGGUCUGCUGGCUUUUGGGGUUUGGGAUGUUUUGGAGUUGGUGUUUGGCGGCGUUCUACUGCACGACAAAAAUGUUAAUGGGUUUAGGUGAUGGGUUCUGGCGGUUAUCUGUUAUACAUAUUUGUUAUGAUACCCCCCUGUAUAGAUGUAGCAAGGUAGUGGCUGCCGGCUUAGGACCGGAAAGUUAUGUUUUGUUGUAAGCGUCUAAGACUACCAUGUAAGAAGAUUUCCAGCACACACUCUAAAGUUGAGUUUGUUC